AUGGUGGCUCACCACGCGGACUUUUCACAACAGGCACUGCCUGUUGCUCACUUGCAACAGGAGGCGAAUGAUAACCUGCUGCUGAGGCUUGAGAAGUUUUCUUUGGCUACACGCAUGCUUGCAGCCGCCUUUCUGGCUGCUUCGGCAGCACACCACAUGGACUUUGACACCAUGCAAUGA